AUGCCUGCCAUGGGAUUUGUGCCCAUUUUGGGUUCCAAGAGAGUGUCUGGUGACUACAUAUACCAUAUUGAUGGAUGGGUAUGUGAAGCAGGGGAAGCUAUUAACGUUAUGGAUGAGAUGGAGGAUAAUGGGGUUGGCGCCAAUGAGGUUACUUAUGGGGUUAUGAUUGAAGCUUAUUGUAAGGAGAAGAAGUCGGGCGAAGCGGUUAAUUUGCUUAAUGAUAUGGAGGAGGAGAGACAUUUCAUGCAUGCAAAUGCCACUACAUCAUUUAAUCAACUGGUGUCUACAUACCCUGGACCACUGAUGCUUGUUUCAAUCCUGGUGUUUAUACAGUCCGAUGUACUUGACGUCGCACUUGAGAUGAGAAACCAAUUUGAUUCUCUGCCCCAUGUUCUGAAGCACAUAGAUGAAAUCGAAUCCAGCGUGUUGUGUGACAGUGAGGGAUGGUUGUUGAGCAAUCCAAUGGGCAAAAGGACGGAAAGAGAAAUUCAUGCUGAAUUUGAAGGGGCAAAAAUUUACAGGAGAUUCACACCAUGCCGGAACCUCUCCCCCAAACCCUUCUCUCUCCUCCACUCAAUCACCGCCGUCCUCUUCUCCACCUCCACCUCCACCUCCGCCGCCGUCGAUUUCCUCCACUCCUACACCGUCACCCCUCCGAUCCAAGACUGGCCCCACCGCCUCUCCCCAAAGCGCCUCAUCUCCCUCAUCACCCGCGAGCCCAAACUCGACGUCUCCCUCCAAAUCUUCCACCACGCCUCCAAUUACCACACCUACCACGCCAUCAUCCGCCGCCUCCUCCGCUCCCGCGCUUUUCACCUCAUCGACCCCCUCCUCUCCGACCUCCGCGCCUCCAAUCUCCGAUGCAGCGAAGACCUCUUCAUCUCCCUAAUCCGCAAUUACGGCGUCGUUUCACGCCCUAAACUCGCCUUCAAGACAUUUAUCACCAUUCCGAAAUUCGGCGCCCAACGAUCCGUGAGGUCCUUGAAUGCGUUGCUGAACGCUUUGGUUCAGAAUCACGAGUAUAGAUUGGUUCACUCGGUGUUUCGGAACUGUAGGGAGAGGUUCGGGGUGGUGCCGAAUGUGUUUAGUUGUAAUAUAUUGAUCAAAGCACUGUGUAAGAGAAAUGAUUUGGAGACUGCACACCAGGUGCUCGAUGAAAUGCCUGCCAUGGGAUUUGUGCCCAAUGUGGUGACUUUUACUACCAUUUUGGGUGGUUAUGUGUCGCGGCACGAUAUGGUUGGUGCCAAGAGGGUGUUUGGUGAGAUUUUGGAUAGAGGGUGGUUUCCUGAUGUGACUACAUAUACUAUAUUGAUGGAUGGGUAUGUGAAGCAGGGGAAGCUGGUUGAGGCUAUUAAGGUUAUGGAUGAGAUGGAGGAUAAUGGGGUUGGCGCCAAUGAGGUCACUUAUGGGGUUAUCAUUGAAGCUUAUUGUAAGGAAAAGAAGUCGGGUGAAGCGGUUAAUUUGCUUGAUGAUAUGGUGGAGAAGAGGUAUAUACCGAGCUCGGCGCUCUGUUGUAAGGUGAUUGAUGUUUUGUGUUGCGAAGGGAAGGUGGAGGAUGCUUGUGAACUGUGGAAGAGGCUUUUGAAGAAGAAUUGCACACCGGAUAAUGCAGUAUUGGGCACGCUCAUAUACUGGCUUUGUAAGAAGGGAGAAAUGUGGGAAGCCAGGAAAUUGUUUGAUCAGAUUGAGAUGAGUGAGCCUCCGGAUGUCAUGACUUACAACGUGCUUAUUUCUGGAAUGUGUGAAGUGGGGGAGUUGUGUGAGGCUGGGAGGUUAUGGGAUGACAUGGUGGAGAAAGGAUGUUCUCCGAAUUCUUUUACAUAUAAUGGAUUGAUCAAAGGAUUUUGUAAGAUUGGAAAAGCGAAGGAGGGAAUUAGGAUUUUGGACGAGAUGUUCGAAAAAGGCUGUUUGCCAAACAAGUCUACUUAUGCUAUGUUGAUCGAGGGGCUCUGUGACUCAGGAGAGGAAGCUGAAAUCACUAGAGUAAUAUCUAUGGCAAUGUCAAGUGGAGACAUUGACAGUGAUUCCUGGGAUCUUUUCCUUACUAAGGUUGUUGGUGAUUUGGAUACUGGGGAAAGUGUUCUAAACAGAAUACUACUGGAGAAUGCUGAAUAGAGCCCCAGAUCUAGGGGCCUUGGAAUAUGCUGACCUUGAUCUCACCCACAAUGUUUCUCAGGUGCCAGUAGAAGUACCUUAUUGGAAUCAAGUCUUCAGGGACCCACGAUCGAUGGGCACUGGUGGUGGAUAUUGGAAGGGAUGGUCAAGCAUGCUGAUGUCUGGGCUAAAGAGCUAGGUCUUAGUAAUGUUGCCCUGACCAUUCUUCAGGAGAAAGCGUCAUACGAGACGGGUUGUACGAAAGCCUUUAGUAGAGUCCAUUGUGAACAAUUAAGUUCGAAGCAUCCAGGUUUCUGAAACUGUAGUUUACGACAUAAUUGUAAACUGUCUAAUAUAUUUUAAACUGGAAGGCUUCUAUUAUUUGGGAUCUUCUAGUUCUGAGUUUGGAUUUGUAAUGUUCGAUAUCUGUUAUACUUUUUCUUCUUCCAGUGUGAACUCCUGGU